AUGUCAAACGAUUUAAAUAGACAUUAAGAAUUCCAAGAUAGAUCUGAUUAAAAAAUCCUAGAAUAAGAGAUUGUUGUGAUUGACCAAUAAAUAAAUACUUCAGAUUCAGGAAAUGCAUAGCAAGAGCCAGAUAUGAAGAAAGAAUUACUUGAGUUUAUGAAGGAUCAUGAUAGUACUAUUAAGAUUCAGAAGUCUUAGGAAGUAUUUAAAAAUGACUUGAGGGAGGCAUUAAAGGAGCUAUAGCUAGAUUAAGGAGAGGAAUAUUAUUAUCAAGAGUAUAAAUAGGCUAAGCUAAGUCCAGUGAAAAUAGCUGUUUGUUAUGGAGGAGUAGCAUUUGGUGGGUAUAUUCUUCUUAGCACAGCCCUUAACAGGAAAAAUAUGACUAGCUCUAUAAGACUUGGUAGAUAUGGAUUAGGAAUGGGACUUAUAGUGUUCAAUUUAGUUCAUUUAGCUAGAAGUCAAUUUAUCUAGCGACCAAAACCCUAGAAUUAGCAAGAUAGAGUUUGA